AUGAUGGACGCCCCAGAGAAAGAGAGCCAAACGAUGAUAUUCAAGGCGAAUGGAGAGCACAUGUUUACUAGUAUCAAAGGUGCCAUUACACAGUCGAACCAAAAUGUUACAGCGGAGGAUCUGUUUCUAACAAAAAAUAUUUUUCAAGAUGUGCAACAGAAGGUGACUGAUGGCCCUGUCAAAACGACGACGAUUGAAAAGGUAACGAAGAUCCCGAAGGUGGUCUUUAAGGAAAGGUUAAAGGAUAAAGUUGUGAAAAAAAAAAAAGUUAUUACGAAAGAAGUAGAGGUUGAACAAGUGGUAGAUGUGAUAGAAAAUAAGGAGGAAAUUAUUUACAACCAAGUGAAGGUACCAACAUAUGUUGAUGUCCCUAUAGUGCAUCCAAGGCAAGAAGUAUACCACACUGAAAUUUUAAAAAAUGUUCCUAAGGGGAUCGAAUUGUUAGUAAAACAAAGAUUAGAAGUACCAAAAAUAAAGCCAAAGUAUGUAGAAGUUCAGGUCCCCAUUUAUGUUCCAUGCUAUAUAGAAGUACCCAUACCUGCUCAAUAUAUUCCUAUCCCAAAAGGAGAAAAGAAGGAUCAUUUCACAUGUGGAAUAAAUAAGGACUCAAAAUUUUAUUAUGAAAACCCUAUGGUUUAUAAUAACCCUUUCAUGCGUAGUGCGGUACGAGCAGAGAGCAGCAACACAUACUCCAAUCACCACCCUAACUUAAGUGGAAAAUGCCCCGUCGAUGCGGAGGAGAAUAAGUCGGAGGCCAUUUAUUCGUCCAAAAGUUCUGUGCAAAACUUGCCCCUGGACCAGAGCACCGUAGAUAAUUUGGUCAUCGCGGGUGCACAAUAA